AUGAAUAACCUGAAAGUGUUGCUUGUGUUAAUUGAACUGUCGGUAUUAUUUGGAAGAGGAAAUGUGGUCCAAUAUCCAAUGGGAGAAGUGGACCCACCAUUGGGACCGCCUCCCUGUCCUGAUGUCAAAACUAUGCAGGAGGAUAAAGGGCCCGCGGGCAUCGCCGGUUUGUGUAAAUAUGUCCGGACAAACUGUCGAUUCCAUGCGGCCCAACAAGUCAGUAAUGAGCGGAGUCCCUUCUGUAUAAUAGAAAUUCCGUAUCCGGGAGAUCACCGAAACUACACUUGUGACAUCGGUGCAUUGACGCAAGCUUUUCCCGGUGGAGGAGGGAACGUAAAUCCGCACGGUGUCGGACACGCCAAUGCAAACUGGGGUGUGGAUGUGUGUAAACCCGCAACCAAUGAAAAACAAAAGAGUACAACAAAUGGUGCUGGAGGGGGAAGAAGUGACAGUAAAAACGAUAAAGCGGAAAGUGGUAAAGUUCAAAGCGGAUCUGGUGGGAAAGGAAAGGAAGAGGAAAAAGAAAGAGAAGGAGAAGGAGAAAAUGGAAAUGGAAAUGGAAAGGGAAAGGGAAAAGAUGGAGAAGAGACUCAAGUUGGUAAAAAAGGAACCACAAAUGCAUCAAAUGAGGCACCCGGUCCCACGGAGUCACCGCGACCUGCACCGGUCACCAACACAUGCCACUUUUCUUCAAAUGCUGGUAAAGCAAUGUUUCUCAUCCCUUUUUUUCUUUUAGCGUAA